AUGACCGUUAAAAGACUAAGAAUUGGUGUUGACGUUGGAGGGACGAACACAGAUGGUGUCAUCCUCGAUCCUCUACGUGCCUCAGAGCCGGACAAGGGGAUAAUUGCCUGGCACAAAGCCCCGACGACGACCAAUCCAAGCCUUGGAAUUAACAAUGCCCUGGUUUCCAUGUUUGAGCAGUCUGAGAUCAAGCCUCACGAGGUGGCAAGCGUCACCAUGGGAACCACGCACUUCGUCAACGCCGUAGUCGAGCGCGACGCCGCCCGCCUCUCCCGCGUCGCCGUAAUCCGCCUCUCAGGCCCCUUCGGCAAGCACGCACCGCCCUGCGUCGACUGGCCGGCAGACCUGCGUUCGCUAGUCCUCGGCCACCACGCCCAGGUCAAGGGCGGCCUCGAGGUCGACGGGCACCCGAUAUCCGACAUCGACGAGCAGGAAAUCGCCGCUGUGUGCGCGGACAUCGCCGCCAUUACGCAGCCCCGCGCCAUUUCCGCCGUCGUCGUCAACGGCGUCUUCUCGCCCAUCGACGACGAGGACCCCGCCCGCAACCAGGAAGCCCGUGCUGCAGCGAUAGUACGCCGCUGCCUGCCGCCGUCUGUUGAUGUCGUGUGCGCGCGCGACGUCGUGCCCCAGCUGGGCUUCCUCGAGCGCGAGAACGGCGCCGUGUUGAAUGCUGCUAUUCUGGCUUUCGCCCGGCGCACCAUCCGCUCCUUCCACGAGCCUGUGAGGAAGCUGGGCCUGCGCUGCCCGGUCUUUGUCACGCAGAAUGACGGCACUAUUCUCAGCGAUGAGGCGGCCGCGAGGCUGCCCAUCAGAACGUUCAGCAGUGGGCCGACGAACAGCAUGCGGGGUGCCGCGUUCCUUGUGUCGGGCAAGAGCGGAAUCGAGCAGGUGGGAGAUGAUGACGGGAAUAAAGACGAGCCAAUGAUGGUUGUUGAUAUCGGUGGUACGACGACGGACGUGGGUUUGCUGCUGGCCAAUGGCUUCCCAAGACAGGCUGCCGCGUUCAGUGAGUUCGCGGGCGUGAGGAUGAACUUCUCGUGCCCAGACGUGAAGAGCAUCGGUCUCGGCGGCGGCUCCAUCGUCCGCCGCUCUUCUCCUACCUCUCCCCUCACCGUCGGCCCCGACAGCGUCGGCUACGCGAUCCAGACCUCAGCCCUCUCCUUCGGCGGCCCCAUCCCCACGGCGACCGACUACACGCUCGCCUGCAACCCCACCCUUACAAUCUCCGACGCGCCCGCCACGCACACCGCAUCCACGCGCGCCGCCAUCCCCGCCGCCGACGCGGCCGCCUUCGCCGCCGUCGUCCAGCGCAAGCUCGAAGCCGUCGUCGACACGAUGAAGACGUCGCCGGCGGACCUGCCCGUCGUGCUCGUCGGCGGCGGCGCCGUCAUCGCGCCGGAAACGCUCAAGGGUGCCUCGCGCGUCGUCAAGCCGCGGUACGCGGGCGUGGCGAACGCCGUGGGCGCGGCGAUGGCCGGCGUGAGCGCCGUCGUCGAUACGGUGCGGUCGACGGCGAAGAAGAGCGUGCAGGAGUGGAAGGAGGAGUUGGAGCGGGAGGCGAUCGAGAAGGCGGUCAGGGCCGGGGCGAGGAGGGAGGGGUGCAGGAUUGCGGAGUCGGAUGAGUUGCCGUUUGCGUAUGUGGCGAAUAAGAGUCGGUUUAUCAUCAGGGCGGCGGGGGUGUUUGAUUAUGGGAGGGAGGAAGGGGUUGAGGGGGUGGAUGUGGUGGAGGGUGAUGGUGAUGGUGUUGAAGACGACGCUGUGGAUGGGGGCUUGAUGGCGGAGUACGAGAAGAGAAAGAGUGCUGCUGGAGAGUUGGUGAAGGAGACGGAGCAGGCGGAACAGGAGAAGGCAUUUGAUUUUGAAGCUUACAGGCCGAAGGUAAAGGACAGGGUAUGGUAUAUUUCUGAGACGGACUUGGCGUGGAUCUCGACAGGGUGCUACAUCCUGGGUACUGGUGGAGGCGGCAGUCCUUAUUCGAGUAUGCUGCGCCUGCGUUCGAUGUUGCAGAAUGGUGCUGUUGUCAGAGUGGUCAGCCCGGAUGACCUGAAGGAUGACGAUCGCGUCGGGUGCGGUGGAGGAAUGGGCUCGCCGACUGUUGGUAUCGAGAAGCUUGCUGGUGAUGAGAUGAUGGAAGCACAGGAGGAAUUGUUCAACCUUACGAAAGACAAAGCCACUCACAUGAUCGCAGUUGAAAUUGGCGGUGGCAAUGGCUUGCAGGGAAUGAUCCUCGGUGCAAGCACCAACAUGGACAUUCCUGCCGUCGACGGCGACUGGAUGGGCAGAGCUUAUCCAACGAAAUGGCAGACCACACCUGUGGUUUUUGCAGAAAGAAAGACCGUAUUUUAUCCAUCGUCCAUGUGUGAUGGAAAUGGCAAUGUCGUGUUCAUGACCAAAGCCACGAGCGAUGAGACGGUGGAGCGAGUCUUCCGCGCAGCUCUUUCCGAGCUCGGCUCGCAUGUCGGUUGCGCCGAUGGACCGAUCACGGGCGCCGAAACAAGGAGAUGGGUAGUCGAACAUACUAUUUCGCUUGCCUGGCGCAUCGGCCGCGCCGUCCACAAAGCGCGGCACUCCAACCGCAUCGACACGGUUGCGGAGUCCAUUGUCGAUGAAGUUGGUGGCAGCGGCUCUGCGAAGGUUCUCUUCAAAGGCAAGAUCAUCGGUGUCGAACGAAAGCUGCGCAACGGCCACGUCUACGGCGAAGUCGUCAUAGAAGCUACCGCUGCCGACCUCAACGGUGAUGGUGGACCGGCGGAAGGAAAGCGGGAGUUCGAAGGAACAGUAAGGAUCCCGUUCAAGAACGAGAAUAUCGCAGCGUUCAAGGUCAAGGACGACGGCUCCGAGGAGACGCUGGCCAUCGUGCCUGAUCUCAUUUCUUGCAUCGACGCCCAGAACGGAGAGGCGAUUGGGACGCCCGAGUACCGCUACGGCUUGCUAGUGAUUGUUUUGGGCAUCACUGCGUCUGACAGGUGGACUUCUACGGAGAGAGGCAUAGAGCUGGGUGGACCGAAAGCUUUCGGCUUGGAUGAUCUGGUGUAUACGCCGAUCGGUAGGUUCGAGAAGCCGAAGAGUGUGAUUGAUGAGUAUUCGGAGUGA